UGUGCAUUUGUAUGUAGCACGUCCUCAAUGAGCUAUGAGGCAAUAAGAACCACAUGCUGCCACCUAGUGACUAGUGGCUGCUAUGACAACAAGCAUCAUCCUGCCAACAAUAGGACACACCUGUUGAUGUGCAAUUUAUGUGGUGGUGUUGCAGAGUCGCCUCAUAUGAAGCUUUUGCUUUCUGACAGUAUUAAAGUGAUAGAGGCAGAGAGGAUGGAAAGCAACAUUCACAUCUGGAGGUUGUAUAUAUUGGAGAACCAGAAUGACAUGAGAUGGAAACUCACAGUAGUCGGCAUUGAUUGAGACAUCAGAGCACCUGCGCACGGAGACACAACGUGAAGUUUCAUGAGGGAUCAGCAAUUCUCUAAAAUCUUACCUCUAUGUGCUCAGGAAUGAAAUGUCUCAAACAAGUCAGACCUCAGCACCAAAUCUGACUGAAGGCCUCCCUGUGACAAACCUGACUUUGGUCGUCCUCUUGCUCAUCCCCUGCGUGGUCAUUCUGCUUCUGCUCAACUGCCUCUUCCUGGGCUACAAGUUCGUGAUCCUGUCCAAGAGGAACACCAGGCAGAAGCGAGAAGACCCGGAGGAGAUGCUGCUGCGCUCCAGCCUGCAGAGAGGCUGGCACAGGGCGGCCUUUCCUCCGCUGCAGGACGGGAGGAGCAGAGCCUAUACGUCCCUGUCGGAGCCCGUCCUGCCGCAUCCGGUCACCUCUUCCAGGGCCUCAUCCAGGGAGAGGCUCGGUGCGGAUCACAGGAUCCGGCUCCUUAGGCCUGACGGUGCCACCGGAUCAGGCUAUCUGAGGGCGCCCAGCACCAUCCGGGCCACCUCCUCCUCUCCGGCUGUCUUCACCCCGAGACUCGACCUGCACUCCGGCUGGUGUAAAAGUGCACCGGUGUUACGGCAGUCCAGUGUUUCAGAGGGUGAAACCAGAGUGAACCUGGUUCCUCCAAACUCUCCUGUGGAGGAAGAACAUAUUCGCCAGGGCUGUACUUAUGAGAUGCUGACAGAUGUGAACCCAGCUGCUGCAGUCCAUGUGUUUGACAAAGUGGACAUGGAGUGUGAGUUCAGUAACCCACCUUCGGAGACGUCCUGCAUGAACACGUCUGCAGAAGGUCCUGGACUGGACAGCGACUUCGGAGCGAGUGCAGGCGUCUCCCUGCGGAUUCUGUCAGCAGACAGUGACGGUCUGUCCAACGGUGUGCUGACUUCAGCUCUGGAGUGGGAUUAUUACGACCCCUGCUACGUCAAACAGAACAAUGUACCCAAACAGAAACAUCACAGACCUGCAGUGCACACAAAACAGUACUGGGUGUAAUCAGUAGUUUUAAUGUUUAUUUUUUUUUUAACCACUUAUUUAAAUAACAUAUUCAUGUUUAUUUUUUAAGUCUUUAUUUUAUUUGUCUCACUAACAAUCACUAUGGUUUCACACUAAUAUGGGCAUAAUUUGAUGUUUGAGACUGCACUCUGCUACUGAACCUGUUCAAAUUGUAUAUUUACUCUGCACUUUGACUUCAGUUGUUGUAAAUUCUGUUUAUUGUGCACCCCUCACUCCUGUUAUUUUUAAUUCGUCACCAUUUCAGCCAGCUCUGACUCUCACAAGCAUUCACAUCAUUAUUUGUUUCACUGUUUGAAAUGUUUUGAUUCACUCUCAUCAAUAAAGACUAUGUACAAUUUAAUAAAGUGCCUAUUAAUCAUA